UUACUCAUACUGAAAGUGAAACUAAAAACAGCAUAGCCUAUAGGCUGCAGCUGCCGUGUCAUUACCAUUCAUGUAGAACUCACGGGUUGACAGAGGAGCUUGUGGUAAAAAGACAUGGCCUCCAGUAUUCGCCUCCCCUUUUUGAUCAUUUGCUUCUGUUGCUGUUAUGGACAUGCAAAAUCCUUCGUCAAGGUGGUAUGUGAUGAAACAAGCAUUGGUCAGGUCGGCCAUCAGUCUAUGCUGACCUGUAAGGUUGAAACCACACAAGAGACAAACGGUUUAACGAUCACUGUGGUUGUCUGGAAAAAGAAAGGAGAUGAUCAGUUCUUAUCAGUUCUUGAUAAGAGAGAUGGCAACGAAAAUAUACUCCAGCCCGGCUACAAGGUUGCCUUGAACAACAGGACCAUAUCUUUGGUCAUCACUGACACUAAAGUGAAAGACGAGGGAGAAUAUACAUGCCAGGUGGCGACAGACAGUGGUCACGCCAUCGAGUCAACAAACUUCAAAGUGACAGCCAAAUACCAUCCCCCAACUGCAAACAUCAGUGAUGAGAAAGGCAUUCCAAAGUCUUUGUUUUGUAAGGCUACUGGUGGCUACCCAGCAGGUAAACUGCGCUGGUUUGAUGAAAACCAAACGGAGUGGACGAAAAGUGCAAAGCUAACAGUGAACCAGAUGGAGGAUGGUCUGUCUGAACUCUCCAGCGAGCUGCUUUUGAAGACAGGAUCCACGUUCUCUGAGUACACCUGUGUGGUCUACAAUGCCAGCGACAACAGAGAGGACUCAGUUGCAGUAAAAUUAAAAUCUACAGGACCGGAACCAUCAAAGCAACUUUCGGAAAUAAUUGCUCCAGUCUUGGUCGUUGGGUCGCUGAUUGUGGGGUUGCUGCUCGUACUGUUAAUCUGCAGAAAACGUUCCCAAAAAAAAAACCGGAGGCCCUCAACCGCUCCUCUUAUGGGGACACAUGACAUGGUUCCCCAUUCAAACCAAGAAAUCGAUCCACCUCCUCCUUACUAUGAGGAAGUCAAAGACAGCAUGGCCUAAGGAGACCCAACGAGCUGCAUUUAUGUAUUCGCUUUCUACCAACCUCCAAAAUUAGCAUUUCCUUCUUUGCUAACCUCCACAUUCAUGAUAUAACUUUCUUACAAUGUAAAACUGUGCAUAGUCAGGGAUAACUUGUACUGUGAUUCACCAGUAAAUUCCCAAUUAAUCUGAACGCAGCAGAAAUAUUGUUAAAGAGAGAUUACAUCAAGUCUGAAAACAAGAUGGGCCAGUUGAGUGGAGAAGAAGCUGAAAGGAAGGGGGUACACAUUUAGGUCCAGACAUGUUAAAACAACACAAAAUGUGAUACUGGAUUAUAGUUAUUACAGGAGGACUUGGUGCAACCAGAGUAGUGGCGGAUGUUCAGGGAAAUAUGAGAAGACAGACACGUCGGAGUUUGGCCCACACUCUGUAGCCUUUGGCAGCUCAGCAGAAGUUUCUUUGUUUUCCUUCAACUUUUUUGUGAUGUUAUGUAAGAGGUAUGAGGAAAGCACUGCAUUGGAUUAGAGGGUAGCUGUGAAUAUACCUACUAGCUUAUGUGCAUUUUACACUGAGUGCGCUACACAUAGACAUUUUGAGUGUGUUUGUGUGUAUGCGUGUGUUUUUAGAUGAGAAGUCCUUUCAAUUUUGUCAUUUUUUUUACAAGCUUUGGCAAUUUUGUUUCUCCUAAAAAUGGAAAACAUUGAAAGACGUUUUUAUUUUUAAAGAAUACAUCUCUAUAACCAACUGUCCAGCAAAGUCUUCUCCUACAGGAGGUAAUAAUUCAUUCAGAAAGAUGAGCCGCGCACUAUUAGACAAAAACUAGGAUUGUAACCUGUAAACCAGAGAUCAUUUUUCUUCUGUGAAAUUCAUUGUGUCUGCAGCUGCUUCUUUGUGUGAACUAUAAAACUGUGCCAACACUCUUCUAAAAGAUGUGUGUACCAAUUCUUUGAAAAUGACUGAUGUGCUUGUUAAAAGUUUUAUGGAGUGAAUCACUUUUGAAUCAAAGAAAAGUGCAUGUCAGUCUUUGGUGAAAGCUUGGCUUUCGUAUGUGUGAUGUUGUACUUAGUACCAGAUUUAAUUUUCUUUUUCUUUCUCCCAAAAAGAUAUCAGAUGAUGGCCCAUUAUCAUUAUAGAAAAAAACAACCUAUUCUUCCCUAAAGCCAAAAGAAUUGUCUUUUGUGGUUUGGAGUAAUGUGAAACUGCACUUAUGUAACCUUUAAUCAAUUUGAUAUCUUUUCUCCAUCAUUGGUUUGGUGUCAUCCUUUUUGCUACAUUCUCUAAAGAGGAUACAGAACGGGUGCUGAGUUAUUGUACAGAUGUUUUUAUAGUGAAACGGAGAAUGUAGCAGGUUCACAGGUCUAGUUAUGAACACGGACAUCUCUGCUAGUCUAUCAGUAAUCUUGUAUGCUAAUGAUUAACAGCUUCUAAAGAAAAGCACCAAAAAAAUCAAGGUUUCAGGGUUUUUUUGGCUAAUCAAUCAUGUGGGUUAUGUUUUUGUUAUAUUUUCAUAACUUUAUCCUGUCUGUACAACACGUCAGUGACCAUAAAGCUCUAACCACUGCUGCAUCGCAUGAUUUAACGUCUACUGUAUAAAUGUUUUGAGUGUGAUUAAAAUUAAAUGAAAAGUUUCAUUGAUGAAAAAUAUGUAUAUUUUUAUACUUCUUCUGUUUUGAUGGUUUCGGGAUAUUUUACGCAGUUCCUUUUUUAUUCAGUUCAUUGAGUGGAUGUGCUAAAAAUCCCAUCUAAUUAUUAUGCUGACGAAAGCUGUAUCUUGUGCUUUCACAUGUGACCGGUAAACUUUUUCUUUUUUUUUAACAUGUUUUGGUCUGUUUGGGCUGUUUCUGAUGAAAGUAUGUUUCUGGAUUUUCCCAAUGCUCUCCAGGGACUCAGAUAAUUUGGCAUCUAUCUUAUCCUGUAGUCAGAAUGACCCUUUUGGUUUCUUUUCUUUCUUUACUUUCUCUUUCAUGGAAAUGGUCUCUAUGUAACUACUGGGCCUCCUGCUUGUACAGCUUUCACUGUUUCUUAUGUAUUAUGCCUGUUUUGAAAAUGAUUAAUAAAUUUUCAUUGUUGAAAAACUAA